GUGAAAGCAUUCGCAUGACUUUGCACGCACGCCGAACACCCCCGACGGUCUCGUAAAAUAUCCCCACAAAGUCAUACACUCCACAGAUGGGGUGGGGAGGGCUUCACGCCCUCUUUUAUGCAACCUCGAGCCAAAAGAGCUCAAACCGCAUGACAUCAUCACGCCAAGGGGUUAUUUCUGCGUGCCUUUUGCUUUUUGAAGCAGCACUUUUUUUUCGCUUUUGUGUGUGUUUUUUAUUUUUUUCCCCUCACAAAAAAGAAGACAUUUGCAAAAAUCUGCUUUCACUUUGAAAAAAAACGUUUGCUGAUUUUCUGAUUGUUGAUUUUCUGACCGAAUCAAAAUUAAUCUGUAAGCAGGUGCCUUAUUGUUUUUUUGCGGGGGGAGGGACUUGCUAUUAAUCGUGGUUAGCUAAUUUUUCAACUCGUAUGCCAACGUUGAUUUAAAUAUCAUGUACAAUUGUGAUAAAUGAACACGGUUGACGUCGGCAGGACAGUCUUGACUGGGUCAUCAGCUUCGUGCGGGCGGCUGCGGGCUCGGGGUGGAUUAGCACGCCAGCGGGGGUAUCAUUGUUAUUAUUCCCUCAGACCCCGCCACUCUUUGUGUUUCACUAAUCAGACUCCCAAAGACUUUCACUCGCCGCCGCUGCCGUCGUGCUUCUGAAGGAAAGAAAAAAAAAAAAAAAGAAGAAAAUCUGAAUGAAUAUCUUCAAAUAUUUGAUUAGCGUUAGCGCCUCGGUUCAUGCGCGAUUCAGCGGUGUCGGACCUGGACGUGGAGAGCAAGUUGACGUGGCACUACCGGGCUCCCUGGCACAAGCAGAGGAACAUCCUGCGCCCGGCCACCCGGCCGCCAUGCCUGCAGGAGAUGCACAAGGACGCCAGCCUCUGGCAUCUGCGUGCAGACGGUCAGAGGCGGCGCUCGUCCAGCAGGGAGCGUCGAGUGACCAUCUCCAUCUCGGCGCUGCCGCCCAUGCCCAUGUACCCGUCGACGCCCAGCACUCCAAAGAAAGCCCGGAAGGGGGUGCGCUUGACGGCGUUCCCCAGCUCCCGUCCGCCCUCCCCCACCGAAUGUUGCCACUUCUCCCCCUGGAACAGAAAGGCGACAUCCUCUGACCCCAACUCGGUGGUUUUGGCGUCCCCGGGCCAGCGCUCCAAACUGCUCCCCAUCCCCAACACGCCGAGCACCUUGGACAAGCAGACCAACUGGUCCCGAGCGCUGCCGCUGCCCACGCCCGAGGAGAGGAUGAAGUAUCACUCGCGAGUGGUCACCUCCUCCGUCAUCCCCAUUAAUGUGACCGGCGUGGGCUUCGACAGAGACGCCAGUGUGCGCUGCUCGCUGGUCCUCUCGCAGUCGCUGCUGCAGCGCAGGAGGAAGCUGAGGCGGCGCAGGACGGUGGCCGGCGUCCCCCGGCAACCUCACGACUUUGCCGCAGACUCGGACGAGUCGCCCAGCUCCCGCGAACGCAGCGUCAUCGUCCACGCCAGCUUGGACAACGGCGACAUGGUCGGCCAUCUACUCACCCGAGACUCGGGUUGCCAGACCGACGACUUCCUCGUCUCGGGGGGCGCGCCUUCCGGCAGGAGAAUCCGUGGCCGUCGCGGCCACCGGGGGGCGGCGCUGUGCCCGUCCCGGUCGGCGAGCGACAUCGCCGACCUGCGGGAAGGCCCCGGCGACGCGUCGGCCGCCCGGCUGCGGACGCGCAGUCUCCCCCGAGACGGCGGCCGGGUCGGGCCUGCCGACGAGGAGGAUGAGGCGGAGCUUAGCGCUUUCGACGGCGAGGGGGGGCGGCUCCUGAAGGACGAUGAGGAAAGCGCGGAGGAGCGCGCCGGGUCGGGGCAGCUGCCCGGGACGCCCGAGAGGGGCUGGGCGGAGCGGGCGCGCUCGCAGCUGACCCCCCGCACGGCCGACGCGGGCAGCUGCGACGUGUCGUCCAGCUCGGACACGUUCGGUAGCCCCGCCCACUCCGUAUCGGCCGCCGGCGUUUUGGGGGGUCCGGCGGACCACAAAGACGAGCACCAGUCCUCCAGCGGGAACUGGAGCGGGAGCAGCUCCACCUGCCCGUCUCAGACUUCGGAGACCGUCGCCCCGGGGACGUCUCCGCUGGCCCGCUGCGACUCGGAGCUCUCCCUGAACGCCGCCGCCGCCGAGCACGCCGGCUUCGCUCCGGAUCCCUUCGGCGGACUCAGAACUCAACGGGCGGGCUCCUUCUCCUCCGCCGCUAUGGACAUCCUGGAGGAAGCGGGCGUUCCCGGGGAAGGCGAGUGGAACUAUUCACACACGGAUCCGGGCCGUCGGACUGGGGACCUCAGCCCCGAGCCCGGCAGGGAGGCCGAGAGCAGCCUGGGCUGCCCGAGCUUCGCCAGCAUGGCCACGUGCGAAAGCAGCUUCUCCGACAAGCCGCCUUCGGAGAAAGCCGACACGGCGUCGCACUACUCGGAGGACACGGAAGGUUACUACACCUCCAUGCACUUUGACUGCGGACUGAAAGGCAGCAGGAGCUUCACGUACAUCUACCCGGACCACGGGACUCUGGAGCCGCGCUGCCUGUCCUUGAGGAAACCCAAAGCCAAGCCUUGCCCGCCCAGGCGCAGCUCGUCCCUGCGGACCAUCCGCGACCGAGGCGGCGAGUCGCCGCUUCCCAAGGAGAAAAACUCCAACGGCUCGUCGGGUGGCGUCGCCGAAGAACCGCCCGGGGUCUGGGGGGCGGAGGGAUCUUUGGACGGGCCCGAUUUGGGUGUCUUCGGCUCGGCGGACGCGGGCGCGCCGCAGGCGGACUACGCCGACCUUUGGCUCCUGAACGACUUGAAAUCCAGCGAGCCUUACCGCUCUUUGUCCAACUCCAGCACGGCCACCGGCACCACGGUGGUGGACUGCGUCAAGUCGCAGGACGGCUCCGAGUCGCAGGCGUCCCGCUCGGGUUCCGGGGCCACCACGCCGUCGUUGACGCCCGCCGAGGGCGAUUUCAAGCUAACGGGCUUGGCCAGCCCCUCCAGCGGCUACUCCAGCCAGUCCGAGACCCCGACUUCCGCCUUCCCCGUCGCCGCCUUCUUCCCCGGACCGCUGUCGCCGUCCAGCGCCAAGCGGAAACCCAAAGUCCCGGAAAGGAAGUCGUCGCUGGCCUGCAAGCCGGACCCGGAGUUGCCCGCCGUCCCCUCGUCCAGCCCGGACUUAAGUGUUUUUCGCCGCGCCGGCGACGAGCGGGCGCCGAUCCAAAAUCGGGCCGAAGCCGAGACGGCCAACGGACCUUCCCUGACCAUCACCCCCGCCGCUCUGCGCGCCGUCCGGCUGCGAUCCAUCCCCAAGGAACUCGAGCCGGCUCCUUACCACGACGACUAUCCCGCCGCCGACUCCGACCGUGUCGUUGACGCCCGAGUUUCGUCAGGACUUACGAGGCGGGGAGACUCGGAUGAUCUCCAGCUGCCGGCCUCCUCCCACGAGGGGCUCGUCAACGGCGAGACCACCCCAGAGCCGCCGUCGCCGCCAUCGCCGCCGCCGGAUGAAGACGCAGAAUCAUCUACUCUCCCGCCACCUGACCGAGAUCGAUGUCCCUCAACGCCAAGUCCGCCUCCCGGUCUGGAUCAAAUGCCUGCCGCCAGUCCGGGAAGCUGUGAAGGAAACCGAGUGGAGGCGGAGUCAGCGGGAGAUCCGGCGGGAAACGAGGAAGGCGAAUCCACCGCAGAGGAGAACCUGAGCAAAGACUUGGUGGCAGCGAGCGACGAAUCGCAUACGGAGGACGACAGCGUUUUCCUGUCGCCCAGCAAAAGUCGAACCACCGACGACCUGUUCGCCGUCAUCCACAGGUCAAAGAGGAAAGUGUUGGGCAGGAAGAACUCCGGUGAGCCGUCUGUUCGGAACGGCCCGUCGUCCAUUAACGGCACGCCGCCGCCGCCCCCUGGUGGCGGCGGUGCCCCCGUCUCCCCAUGUCCUGCCUCCGCGUCGCCCUCGUCGGCGCCCUCGGGCCCUCAAAGGACCCCCGGCCCCAUCUACAGGAACGCCAAGAAGUCCAGCACCUCCAAUGAGGAGUUCAAGCUGCUCCUGCUCAAGAAGGGCAGCCGCUCCGAGUCCAGCUACCGCAUGUCGGCCACCGAGAUACUUAAGAGCCCCGUGACCCCCAAAGGUUCCGCGGCGGGAGAGGACGAGGCGGCGGUGGAAACGGCCGAAGCGGCGGCGGCGGUGGCCAGGUCGCCCGACGCCGAGGGCUUCUUUUUGCCCAAACCCUGGACGUCGCCCCAAUCCAGGCUGGGCCGCGCCAGGGUCCCGCCUCCCGCCAACAGCAGCCGCUAUGCCGCUCGCGCGCGCUUCUUCUCGCCGCCCAUGCAGGCCAUCUCCGAGGGCGAGGCCGAGAAUUCCGACGGGAGCCCCCACGACGACGAGCCGGUCGCGCCGCGCCCGCGAUUUGCCUGACAAAAAAAAAAAACGGUCUUCGUCUUCCCUCACUGUACGUAACACAUCAGCUACUUAAAAAAAAAAAAAAAAAGAUGGCGGAUGGGGGGAGUCGGAUAUUGUCACGAAGAGAAAAAUUAACGAAUAAUAAUAAAUAAUACAUAUUUUACAGAAAAUUAUAUUUUCAACAGAAAAUAGUUUUAGGUAAUUUUGUUUGUCACCCCCCCACCCUCAGAAAAAAAUAAUUAAAAUGAGAAUAGAAAAGUACAUUUUAGAGGUUUUUAUGACCAAAAAAAAUAAAAAAUACACUUGUCUAUUUUUAACCCAGAACGUUUGCAAGAAAAAAACCUUCAUAAACAAAAGUUGGAGAAAAGAAAGUUAAACAUAUGUUUUGAAUGCUUCCUGCAAACUAAAAAAAUCAGUUCAAUCUCAGAAAACAUGACUUUUUUUUUUUUUUUUUUUUGCGUAAUGCUUUUCUUCUCAUUGUUUCCGUGUAAUUCUCCGUGGUGGCAUCCAGACAUGAGAAGAUGCUGACAUAUGUAUUCUGUGAAUACGUCACAAGUCGGACCCGCCUUGGCAUAAAACCACUCUUGAGAUAUUUUUUAAAACGACGAGAUUUGUUGUUCAUGUAUUUAUCACAACAUCGGUUAAAAACUAAGUUGAUGUUAUGCGCCCGAAGUGGACAGCAAGUCAAUUUACAUAAGGAGGAAAAAGGCGAGGGAUGAGUUGAAAUGACGUAAGCAAGUUGUUAGCUUUUGUUUUUGGUUGGUUUGUUUUUUUCUCAAGAAAAACUAAUCAACAAAAUGUGCUGUCUUUUGGGAUUUGGGUGACUUGGCGUGUUUUUUUUAAGAAUGUUUGGAAACGGUUGAGUAAGUGUUACGCAUGUCGGAGCCAGGUUGGACGCUAAUGUGGUGACGCAACACCCCCCCCCCUCGCCAUCCUCCCCUCUUAUGCAAUAAAAUCAAAGUCUAUUUUAUCCAGAUCUCUAUUGUUUUAUAAGACGACACAUUGUAAAAAUAGACACUGACUGAGUAUGACAGGCGACAUCAUCCUUUUUAUCCCCCCCCCCCAAAAAAAUAAUAAUAAUAAGGAUACUUUCUGCAAAUGUUGCCCCUUUGGACAGUCCACUUGGCCUUAAAACCCCCACUUCACUAACUUGUCUUUUGUGCGUUCGCGUGUGUGUAUAUAAAUAAUACACGUUCUCGUAGCGAAGAUGCUAACAGGGUACACAAAGAAUUUUGUCAUUCCAACUUUUUUUUUAAGCACUGAUAAAGUGAUUUUUGUUUUGUUUGUUUUUUGCUGUACUUGCUCGUACUCCAACGGUGGCGAGGGUGCGUUUUGACUACAAUUGGACUACACUGCCACCUUGUGGAUGUAUUUAGUUUUGUACAGAGUUGUAAAUGAAAAUGAGCGUUGGGUGAAUUGUGUACAAAGAAGACGAAACGUGUUUACAUGGACUUUAAAGUGAUGUACAUUUUUUAGCUCCGGGGAGAAAAAAAAACCUUGGUCUUGUAUUUAUUUUGUGAGUAAACGACGUGGUGGAGUGCAAACGUGUAUCUGACAAAAGGAGAAAUAAAUGUGAUGGAAAACAUCA